GGCCAGACUGGCUCUACGUUAUUGUGCAGUACAUCGUUGCUAGCGAAACGCGACUGUAAAUUAAGCUAACUGUAGACAUGGUUCAGCCCACCUGGACUAAAACAGUUCUAACAAAUUAUAUUCCCACAUAGCGUCAAUUAGCCAACAACUGCGUAACGUUAGCUCCGAGCAGUGACAGGUCGGCAGGCAGGCGAAACUCUGCGUACUGUGUCCACUGCACUGCCCCUUUCACACUGUUCAGUGAGACAGGACGGAUUGCAGUGAAAGAGAAGGAAAGACAAGAGGAAAGCAAGGCGAUGACAGCACUACAAGACACGGAAGAUGCCAGUGAAACAGACCUGGCCAAGCAUGACGAGGAUGACUAUGUUGAAAUCAAAGAGCAAAUGUACCAAGACAAACUGGCCUCCCUGAAAAGACAGUUGCAGCAAUUACAAGAAGGUACACUGCAGGAGUAUCAGAAGAGGAUGAAGAAGCUGGACCAGCAGUACAAAGAGAGACUCCGAAAUGCAGAUCUGUUUCUCUCUCUGGAGACAGAGCAGGUGGAGAGGAACUACAUCAAGGAGAAGAAGGCAGCGGUGAAGGAGUUUGAUGAUAAAAAGGUUGAACUGAAGGAAAACCUAAUUGCAGAGCUGGAGGAGAAGAAGAAGAUGAUCGAGAACGAAAAAUUAACAAUGGAGCUGACAGGCGACUCAAUGGAGGUAAAACCUAUCAUGACUCGAAAGCUGAGGAGACGGCCCAACGACCCAGUCCCAAUACCCGACAAACGGAGAAAACCUGCACCAGCUCAGCUAAAUUAUUUGUUAACGGAUGAACAGAUAAUGGAAGAUCUAAGAACACUUAAUAAGCUUAAGUCACCAAAACGGCCAGUGUCUCCCUCGACUCCAGAGCACGUUCCCUCGGCUCCCAUGGAGAACCCUUCGCAGCGUUACGAGGCGCGCAUCGAGGAGGGGAAACUUUACUAUGACAAAAGAUGGUACCACAAGAGCCAGGCCAUCUACCUGGAGUCAAAGGACAACACAAAGAUUAGCUGUGUCAUCAGCUCAGUGGGGACCAAUGAGAUUUGGGUGAGGAAGACGAGCGACAGUACAAAGAUGAGGAUUUACCUGGGACAGCUGCAGAGGGGAGCGUUUGUCAUACGCCGACGGUCGGCUGCGUGAAACACCUCUGCACCCAGCCCCCAUCUGGUCAUUUAUCCAUCCAUCCAUCCACUCGCUUGUUCAUCCACUGUUUCCCUAUGUGGUGCAUCUCAGUUGAGUUUGACAUGUGCCCUUUUACUCAUCAUAUGAACUACCCCCCACUACUCAAGCAAACACACAUUCAGUCUUCCCAGGCCUAGACUGUCUAAUCAGAUUUGACCUGUUUUUCUGACAUUAGCCAAAUGCUAGUACAGAAAAAGUGGUCAUAUACACAGCUGACAGUUUUGCAACAUUAUUUGUCACUGUGUGGCAUGUGUGUGAAGGCGGUUGUGGUCAUAAAGAAGCUUACUUUGAUUUUUGUCUCGUGCUGUCAACAGAAAUUUUUUCUACACCGUGUAGUCUUUAUUUACAUUUACCACUUAAGUUAUUUUCUUACACAGCUUCAUGUUGACCCACAGAAACGUCUUCAAGCCUUUCAAACUGUCUCACUGGCGAUGAGUAACAAAGCAAGCACUGAAAAACAGCAGAGGAACUACUUCAGGUUUGGAUGACAUGAAUCUCUUGACUGAAGAAGUUACAGAAGUUUCCUUAAACCAGGAGUUGUGCCAUUUUCAAACCAAUAUGCCCUUUGCACUGUCUUCAAGAAUUGGAGGCUGCUUGUUAUGCUGAUUUUUGUCCUAAUAUGUUUAAAAAGUCCUUUUUUCUCUUUUGGGGGAAAAAAAUGUAUUUUGAGGUAGUUGUUUUAUGUGAUCCAUAUGUGAACAAUCUGGAUUAGUUCAACUGUAUUUGCAUGUGGAGCAUUAAGUUGACUGUUGAUUUGUACUGUGUUCCAUUUUAUUAAAAUGUUUUCUGCAUUUUAAUAA